GAGCCUUUACAGCACUGUGUCAAACAAAUAGCAACACACCGGUGUGGCUGUUCUCAGAGACUUCUAGUUACUGUCGAUUUCAGAUUCUCAAGCGACAAAACCGAGUAAUCGGCGAACGGUGAGGAUGUCGACGGAUUUUUACAUACGCUACUACGUUGGCCACAAGGGCAAGUUCGGCCACGAGUUCCUCGAGUUCGAGUUUCGGCCGGACGGCAAGCUACGUUAUGCUAAUAACUCUAAUUACAAAAAUGACACGAUGAUCCGGAAGGAAGCGUACGUGCACCAGUGUGUGAUGGAGGAGUUGAAGCGAAUUAUUCAAGACUCUGAGAUCAUGCAGGAGGACGAUUCGCUCUGGCCACAGCCCGAUCGCGUGGGUCGGCAAGAACUGGAGAUCGUAAUCGGCGACGAACAUAUAUCAUUCACCACCUCUAAGACCGGGUCUCUUCUGGACGUCAACCAAUCGCGCGAUCCGGAGGGUUUGCGAUGCUUCUACUACCUUGUACAGGACCUCAAGUGCUUGGUGUUCUCGCUGAUAGGAUUGCACUUCAAGAUAAAGCCCAUAUAAAUUUCAAAUCCCGCUUGUGUGACGAAAUAUAACAAUGUUAUGACGAUAAGACGUAUCCUGAUAAAAUGUCUUCUAAUAAAAUGCAAAGCCUUUUGUAAUUGUC